AUGACAAGUGAUGUGGGCGAGAUCCUUCCGGUGGAAUCGGAUCUGCCAUUCCCGUGUUCGUUGGUUUGCGAUGCAGUCAAGAGGCGUUUUGGGGGACUGAUUCGAUGUCUUCGCUACCUGGAUUCGCUUUUUGUUUUGAGUGUUCGCUUAACUGAAGGCGUCGUCGAUAUCUUCUUGCCCGCGAACUCACCACAACCUUCGUCGAGUGUCUCGUGGUCAGCACUUGAGUUUUCGCGUCUAAUCGGUAUCUUCGGUCAGCUCAAGGAGGAGGAGGAGGACGUUGUCGUAAAAGCAUUGAGCACGCAUUUAGCCAUUGACGAUGAUUCUUUUGCGAACUGCAAGCUC